AUGCAAAUAUCUCCUCAUUCAAUCGCUAACCUCUCUCCAGAGGAUCAAGCCAAGUUUAUUUCGUUUGGCCUUGGCUCAACUUACACCCCUCCAUUCCAAACCAUCCAUGAAGCCUUUGAAUAUCAAGCUGCUCAGCGACCCUCUGCUAUUGCCGUUGAACACGAUGGCAAAUCUGCGACUUAUCUUGAACUCAAGCAAAUGUCCGACCGCUUGGCUGUCGCUUUGCAGCGGCAAGGUGUAAAAUCGGGUGACCGAGUCUUACUCCUCGUCCAGCGCAGUAUUUCUAUGGUCGCGGGUAUGCUUGGUAUUCUGAAAGCUGGAGCCGCUUAUGUUCCACAAGAUGGUGGUAUUGUCACCGAUUCUACUCUCGCACACAUCAUUCCUGAUGCUGGCGUCCAAACGGUUGUCUGCUUGAGAAAGUUUGCUGCGCGUAUUCCAAACCAUAAAACACUGGUUCUUGAAGAUGUUAUUGACAACGAUGAUUAUUUGAAGCAUGUUACCGUUAGCGGGAAGUCUUCGGAUAGUGUUUAUGCCAUUUACACAUCUGGAACGACCGGGAAGCCCAAGGGUGUUGAUGUGACGCAUCUCAGCGUCGUUAACCUGCUCCUAACCGACCCAGGGCGAGUUGGUAUGCGUCCUGGCCGUCGGGUCGCACAACUUCUCAAUGUGGCCUUCGACAUGGCCCAGUGGGAGUGUCUCGGAAGCGUGGCCAAUGGGUGCACUUUGUGUAUUCGUGGCUCUGACUGGAAAGGCGUGAUGAGCAGUGUUGAUAUUGUGAUUGCCACUCCCUCUGUUAUGCAGCUAUAUGACCCUAUCGACUACCCAAAUAUUAAAUACGUAGCGACCGCGGGUGAACCUUGUCCCAAGCCUCUUGCUGACAAACUUGCUGCUGCUGGCGUCGCGUAUUACAACUCAUGUGGACCCACCGAGGUUACAAUCGUUAACACUAUGACGCCACUCCCACACGCUGUUGGUGACGAGAUGAACAUUGGCAAACCCCUUCCCAACAACACAGUGUACGUCCUCGAUGAAGAUAUGAACCCUUUGCCAAUUGGAGCCACUGGUAUCAUGUGGGGUGGCGGCGCUUGCGCUGCUCGUGGCUACAUCGGUUUGCCAGAGCUUACAGCCAAGAAAUUCAAGCAUGAUCCAUUCCUCAAUGAUGGGAGCCUAAUGUUCAAUACUGGCGAUCUCGGAAAGUGGCGUGAGGACGGCUCGCUAAUUCACCUUGGGCGAGCAGAUGACCAAGUUAAGAUUAAAGGAUUCCGCGUCGAAUUGGAUGGAGUGACAGCAUCUUUGGAGUCCGCCGAUGGAGUGACUACUGCUUGUGCUCUUCUCAUCGGCAAGGAGCUAGUUGGCUUCGUAUAUCCUGAAACCGCCGACAUUGAGAAAGUCAAGGAGGCUUGUGCUAAAGUCCAGCCGUAUUAUGCCCGGCCUUCAAGGUAUAUCAAGCUUGAAACUGUGCCAAAGACAGCUAAUGGAAAAAUUGACAAACGUGCCCUCCGAGCAAUGGUUGAGGCGCCUGUUCCCGUCGCAGUUACAGUCAACAACGAUGUCGCUUCUGCUCCUACAAUCGUCGAGGUGGAGACUUCAACAUCCAGACUCACAUUUACUCCCUUCGUUGCCGCGAUCAACAAACCCGCACAGGCUGCAAUCGCCAACCGCCUAUCCACUGCGUCCGUCAAUAUUGGUAAUAUGUGGGCCCAACUUCAAGAGCAUGGAGCACCCGCGCAACCAUUGCAGAUUACCAACGAGUCGUUCCGUCCUUUUAACGAGGCUUCUCCUCAAGUCUCCAACUCUCCCAUCACAUCUGGAAGGUCGAUCACAUCUUCGGCGUCGCGUUCAACUUUAAACCAGAACGAGAAGGAAGACCUGGACUCCAAAUCGAUAGUGAAAAAAUCCUCUGUCGAUACAGUAAUCGCUAGUCUGCCUGUUCUUGGGGCUAAGACCGACCUUGCCGCCGAAAAAGGAGGCAAUGCAUGGGACGGCUAUCUCGAUGACGAGCUUCCUGAAAAGAUGGAGCCGAAAUACGUGAGGAACUUGCGCCAUAUUGUUUUUAGUCUUUACCGCAGGCUCUUCGGUGUGGUUUUCAUCGUCAACAUGUCUAUCUUCAUUCACGCACUCGUCGAGGGUGGACUCCCGGCUAACAAAAUCGGAACCAUUGUGGUCUUGGCCAUUGGCUAUCCGUCGGAUUGCUGGCAGGGUCUACCACAUGGAGGCGCACACUCGGGUAGUGGCAUCAGCGCCAUAGUAUGGUUGAUCUACUUCACUAUGAUUUGGUUUGCUUAUCCAAAGAGACGCUCUACCGCACAUGACAAUUUCGAGCCCAUUGCUCUCCCUCAGCUGGGCCGCCACGGCGCUUGUCUGGGCCCUGGUUAUUCUCCUGACGAACGACUACAAGGCACCAGGAGUCAGCCUGGCACGAGCCCUGCGUACCAAUGCUUCUUUCUGGAUGAUUUGCGUGAUUACGCUUGCAAUCAUGUCCUCUUGGCUAAGGUUGCGCAAGGUCAAUGUCGCUCCGUGGUUCUCUCAAAUCAUGCCAUCCGCCUCUACUUUGACUACACUACUCCCAAGACUGGCCACUUUGUUCGCGUUUCCAAGUCACCGCUCAUGGAAUGGCAUUCGUUCGCAACUAUCCAAGAGCCCAACACUCCAGGGUUUAGUCUAGUUGUUUCUCGUGCUGGAGACUGGACCGGUCACACAAUCGAAAAUCCUCCCACCCAACUCUGGGUCCGUGGUGUCCCUACCUACGGUGUCUUGAGGAUCGUGCCUCUCUUCCGCCGUCUUGUAAUCGUCGCAACCGGUUCCGGUAUUGGUCCAUGCGCACCAGCGAUCUUCGAGAAACGUAUUCCCAUGCGUCUCCUUUGGACAAGUCCCGACGUGCGAAAGACAUUUGGUAACGAACUCGUCGAUAAGCUCCUCGAUGCCUCUCCCGAUGCGGUGAUUUACGAUACUCGCAAACACGGAAAGCCAGACAUGGUCAAACUCACUUUGCGCCUGGUUCGCGAGUUUGAUGCAGAAGCUGUGGCAAUUAUUAGCAACCAAAAACUGACGGAAAAGGUUGUGUACGGGAUGAUGAGCCGUGGGAUUCCGGCCUUUGGUGCCAUCUGGGACUCAUAA